AUGCAGGCCCCCGUGGUGGUCAUGAACACCAACUCCGGAGAGAGGCAGGUUGGCCGUCAAGCUCAGAUGUCGAAUAUUGCUGCUGCAAAGAUCGUCGCCGAUAUCAUUCGAUCAUGUCUGGGCCCCAAGGCUAUGCUCAAGAUGUUGCUGGAUCCCAUGGGUGGCAUCGUCCUCACAAACGACGGACACGCCAUUCUGCGAGAGAUUGAGGUCUCGCAUCCCGCAGCCAAGAGCAUGAUCGAACUAAGCAGAACGCAAGACGAAGAGGUCGGCGACGGUACAACCACAGUCAUUAUCUUGGCGGGUGAAAUCCUCGCGCACGCGCUGCCCCAGCUCGAGCGAAACAUCCAUCCCGUGGUGAUCAUCUCGGCCUUCAAAAAGGCUCUCGCCGACGCCAUCGAGAUCAUCCACGAGAUCUCCAACCCUAUCGACAUUGACGACGACAAGGCCAUGGCCCAGCUCAUCUCCUCCUCGAUCGGGACCAAGUUCGUUUCGCGAUGGAUGGACCAGAUGUGCGCGCUCGCCCUCAAGGCUGUCCGCACCGUGACAUGGGAGGCCGGCAACGGCAAGACCGAGGUCGACAUCAAGCGCUACGCUCGUGUCGAGAAGGUGCCCGGCGGUGAGAUUGAGGACAGCACCGUGCUGGACGGCGUCAUGCUGAACAAGGACAUUACACACCCCAAGAUGCGCCGGCGCAUCGAGAACCCGCGCGUGGUGCUGCUCGACUGCACCCUCGAGUACAAGAAGGGCGAGUCGCAGACCAACAUUGAGAUCAGCAAGGAGGAGGAUUGGAACCGCAUCCUGCAGAUCGAGGAGGAGCAGGUCAAGGCCAUGUGCGACGCCAUCAUCGCCGUCAAGCCCGACCUGGUCAUCACAGAGAAGGGUGUCUCGGACCUGGCGCAACACUUCUUCAUCAAGGCCAACAUCACAGCCCUGCGCCGCGUGCGCAAGACCGACAACAACCGCAUAGCUCGUGCCACCGGCGCGACAAUCGUCAACCGCGUGGACGACCUCACCGAGUCGGACGUCGGUACCGGUUGCGGCCUCUUUGAGAUUGAGAAGAUUGGCGACGAGUACUUCUCCUUCCUGACCAAGUGCAAGGAUCCCAAGGCGUGCACAGUCCUGCUCCGCGGCCCCUCCAAGGACAUCCUCAACGAGAUUGAGCGCAACCUCCAGGAUGCCAUGGGCGUGGCCCGCAACGUCAUGUUCCACCCUCGCCUCUCCCCCGGCGGCGGUGCUACCGAGAUGGCCGUUUCGGUGCGCCUGCACGAGAGGGCCAAGUCGAUCGAGGGCGUGCAACAAUGGCCGUACAAGGCCAUUGCCGACGCUCUCGAGGUCAUCCCCAGGACACUGGUGCAGAACGCCGGCAAGAGCCCCGUGCGCGUGCUGACGGAUCUGAGGGCGAAGCAAGCCGAGGGCAAGAGCUCUUGGGGCAUCAACGGUGACACCGGUGCGAUCGCGGACAUGAACGAGUACGGUGUGUGGGAGCCCGAGGCCAUCAAACUGCAGAGCAUCAAGACCGCUGUAGAGGCCGCAUGCCUACUCCUCAGAGUCGACGAUAUCUGCAGCGCGAGAAAGGGCCAGCAGGGCAUGGCGCCCGGGACCGGCGCUGGCGGCGAGGAGUAA